AUGGCUGCUCCUGUUCCUCCUGUUGCUGCUACUCCAGCUUUACCUCAAUAUAGUGUUGCUGACUAUGCUUCUUUUGGUUUAGCCGGUGCCAUUGGUUGUGGUGUUACUCACGGUGCUAUGACUCCAAUUGAUGUUAUUAAAACCAGAAUUCAAUUAGAACCAACUGUUUAUAAUAAAGGUAUGGUUGGAUCUUUAAGACAAAUUGUUUCCACCGAAGGUGCUGGUGCUCUUUUAACUGGUUUAGGACCAACUGUUUUAGGUUACUCUUUACAAGGUACUUUCAAAUUUGGUGGUUACGAAUUAUUCAAGAAGACUUUUAUUGAACAAAUUGGUUACGAAACUUCUAAGAAAUAUAAAAACAGUAUUUACAUUGGUUCUGCUGCCAUGGCUGAAUUCGUUGCUGAUAUUGCUUUAUGUCCAUUAGAAGCUACUAGAAUUAGAUUGGUUUCUCAACCAUCUUUUGCUAAUGGUUUAGUUGGUGGUUUCUCUAGAAUUUUAAAAGAAGAAGGUUUAGGUUCUUUCUACAAUGGUUUCACUCCAAUUUUAUUCAAACAAAUUCCUUAUAAUAUUGCUAAAUUCUUGGUUUACGAAAGAGCUGCUGAAGCCAUUUAUGCUGCUGUUCCAACUCCAAAGAAAGAUUUAUCUACUUCUGCCGUUACCGGUAUUAACUUGGGUGCUGGUAUCAUUGCCGGUUGUGCUGCUGCCAUUGUUUCUCAACCUGCUGAUACUUUAUUAUCUAAAGUUAAUAAAACCAAAAAGGCUCCAGGUCAAUCUACCGUUGGUUUAUUAGCCCAAUUAGCUGGUCAAUUAGGUUUCCGUGGUUCAUUUGCUGGUUUACCAACCAGAUUGAUUAUGGUUGGUACUUUAACCUCUUUACAAUUCACCAUUUACGGUUCUUUAAAACAAGUUUUAAACUGUCCAAAAGGGGUUGAAUUAUAA